GCCAACCCUAAAAGGGGCAGGGUUGCACGCACAAUCUUUACCGAGUCCCUCAGACAUCCCACAGUGAAAACUGCCUUUACAGGGAGAACACUGACUCCGUUACUGCUGCCUUAAGAUGACUUCUGCAAUCUCUGAAGUGGAUUUCCACUGUGAGAAGAACAAUGAGGCCCACAAGACGAAUGAAAUCUCUACAGAGCGGCUGAUCGUCAGGCGAGGGGAGAGAUUCCGCCUCACUAUCCACUCCAGCAAUGACCAAAGCCUCAAUGCUAACAACUUGGAACUCACCGUCCAAACAGGACCGGAGCCCUCUGAAGACUUAGGGACCAAGUCUGUGUUUGGUGUCACCGGGAAAAGUCAGUCAAAGAAGCCCUGGGUUGCUAAAGUCAAAGACACUUCCCCUACAUCAGUCACCCUGUACAUCAUUAGCCAUGACUUUGCCAGCAUUGGGGAGUACAGCCUCUCGGUGAAGACACACCCUGAUAUGACUGAGGGAGACAGCGUUGGGACCUUUGUUCUCCUGUUUAAUCCUUGGUGUAAAAAGGACUGGGUGUACCUGGACAAUGAAAAGGAGAGAGAGGAGUAUGUCAUUAAUGAACAGGGCCUGCUUUACCAAGGGACAUGCGACUAUAUUGGGGAUAUGCCCUGGGAUUUUGGACAGUUUGAAGAGGACAUCCUUGACAUUUGCCUGAAAAUCCUGGACCUCAACCCAAAAUGUUUAGACAACGCAGCCGAAGAUUUCUCUGCACGCUGCAACCCCAUCUAUGUCGGCAGGGUGGUCAGCGCUAUGAUUAACUGUAAUGACGACAGCGGCGUGCUACAGGGAAAUUGGAGCGGUUGUUAUUUUUCCGGAAUGUCUCCGUUACACUGGAACGGCAGCGUGGACAUCCUGAGGACGUGGAAGGAGAGUGAAUACCGCCCCGUGAAAUAUGGCCAGUGCUGGGUGUUUGGUGGGGUCAUGUGCACAGUCCUGAGGUGCUUGGGAAUUCCCUGUCGCCCGGUGACAAAUUUUGAGUCUGCUCAUGAUACUCAUGGAAAUCUAAUAAUUGAUGACUACUACUCUGACCACGGUGUCGAACCCAAGGAGUGUGAAGACAGUAUAUGGAACUACCAUGUGUGGGUAGAAGCCUGGAUGAGACGCCCUGAUCUCCCUGGAGAACCAUUUUAUGAUGGCUGGCAGGUUCUGGAUCCCACCCCUCAGGAGCUGAGUGAUGGGGUACACUGCUGUGGGCCAGCUCCAGUGAAGGCUGUACAUGAGGGUCACACAGACCUGAAGUACGACCUGCCUUUCGUCUUUGCUGAGGUCAAUGCGGACCGGGUCACCUGGCAACUCAAGGCAGAUGGGUCACAGAAGAAGAUGCACUCGGAAACAAAGGCAGUGGGUUGGAACAUCAGCACUAAAGCAGUGGGCAGUGACGAACGAGAAGACAUCACUGGACACUACAAGCAUGCAGAAGGUUCAAAGAAGGAAAGGAAGGCGUUCAAAGAAGCGGUGAGGAGAACGGAAAAGCGCAGGAAGCUGGAGUCAGACGAACCCCCUCCCGAAAUCUCAGUGAAGAUCGAAGAGAAGAGCAAGCCAAUGAACGGCAAGGACAUCGACCUGGUGAUCCGACUGCAGAGCCCCACACCGCAAAAUCUGUUAGUCCAUGCCAAUGCCCAGGUCAUGCUCUACAACGGCAUGCUGGAAUCCAACAUCUGGAGUGAAGAAAUACCAGUAAAGUUACUGGCCAACAAAGAGCUAAAGGUCCCUUUCCAGAUUCCCUUCUCCAAGUAUGGGAGUCACAUACAGGGAACCAACAGCAUCAAAGUGUCAGCAGUAGUCAAUGACAAGGAGAACACUGAGGAGGUCUACAUGGCAGAGAGGAACAUUGUGCCUGAAAAUCCUCCCAUCAGCAUUUCUGUCACUGGAAAGCAUAUGCAGUUCAAAAGCAUGCAGGCAACGAUCACGUUUGAUAACCCCUUGGACGUGGCUCUGAAUGACUGCUCCAUAACACUCACUGCCAGUGGAUUAUUCAAGCACAGUACAGAAGCCAAGUUGGAGUCUCUCGACCCAGGCGCGCGACUUGUUGUUCUGGUCCCCUUUACACCAUACAAAUCUGGACGCAAGAGGCUGGUGGCUGAUUUCGACUGUGACCGGUUCCGGGACAUCAAAGCCCGCUGUACCGUAGAUGUUGAACGCUUUGCCAUUGUCUAGGGUACAAUGUAGCUGUUAACUCCCUUUAAAUGGACUCAGAUACAGUUUAAUGUUACAUCCAUUUUACAAAUUCUAUGGUGAAGGUCCAGGAAGAUGGCAAGACAAGGAUUUUGUUUAUUUUCUGUAGCUAUGGUGAUGAAUAUGCAGUGUGUGAAUGACUAUACUUGUAAAUCAGAGAUGGAAUAAAGCUCCUUUACUCCAUAUAAA